CAUUCCACAAUUAGUGGGUAGUGUGUCAUUUUACCAAACCAUUUCACUAGUCUUAGUUGUUGUUGGACUGCAAUCACCGCCUAACAUUUUCCCCCUAAUCACUGCUCUGUACCUCCUUCACACUGCCUUUUCUUUUCCUUAUAUAAUUAAUCCCCACCUUUAAUGUUUCCUACCUUUUCUCUCUUGUAAGGAUCCGAUCUGAUUGCCCUUUUAAUUUCUUUGUUUGGUCCCCCUGAAAAUUUGUGGGUUGUUUUGAUUCCAUUCCCGGUUUUCCCUUGUUUUCCUGGUCUCUUGAUAAAACAAACUGAGGGUUGAGUUAAUUUGAUUUCUCCUUUUAUGGGUUUUCUUCCUUGCCAAUUGGGUUGUUCUUGAUUUUUGUUUCCUUGGAAACUGCCUUGCUGUCCUCUCGUUUGCGGUUGAGUUGAGCUCUUGCUAUUGAUCUUCAUUUUGUCUGCUUCUGCUAGUUCCUCCCUGGCUUUUCUCAGCAACCAAACAGGGCUUGGAGUUACCUUGAUUUCGCCUCUGGUUCCGCUUGCAGCUGAGCUGCUGUUGUUUGAUUUUGUCUUCUUUGAGGAGUACUAUAAAUGAGAUCCAAAUGAAGGAGGUGUGAUCAGAGUGGAGACAAGAUGAGUGAGAACAAGGGGUUUGAGCUUGGAACCAUUGGGGCGUUGAGUUUAUCUGUGGUUUCGUCUGUGUCGAUUGUGAUUUGCAAUAAAGCUCUCAUUAGCUCAUUGGGUUUCACUUUUGCUACUACAUUGACAAGCUGGCAUCUUCUGGUCACUUUCUGUUCUCUUCAUGUGGCUCUAUGGAUGAAAUUGUUUGAACACAAACCAUUUGAUGCAAAAGCUGUUAUGGGUUUUGGCAUUCUAAAUGGAAUCUCGAUUGGACUCCUGAAUCUGAGCCUUGGUUUCAAUUCUGUUGGUUUCUAUCAGAUGACAAAGUUGGCAAUCAUUCCCUGUACUGUACUCUUGGAGACCCUUUUCUUCAGGAAGAAAUUCAGUAGGAGUAUCCAGCUUGCUCUUUCUAUCCUUCUUAUGGGUGUCGGAAUUGCAACCGUUACUGAUCUGCAGCUCAAUGCCCUGGGCUCUAUUUUAUCUGUCCUCGCAGUUAUUACAACAUGCAUUGCUCAGAUUAUGACGAAUACCAUCCAGAAGAAGUUCAAGGUUUCUUCAACGCAACUCCUGUAUCAAUCUUGUCCCUAUCAAGCACUGACGCUGUUCAUCUCUGGCCCAUUUCUGGACUGGUUUCUGACUAGUCAAAACGUAUUUGCUUUCAAAUAUACACCGCAAGUUCUGGUUUUCAUUGUUCUAUCCUGCUUGAUCUCUGUCUCAGUCAAUUUUAGCACCUUUCUUGUGAUUGGCAAGACAUCGCCCGUCACCUAUCAGGUCCUGGGGCACUUGAAAACAUGCCUAGUACUAGCAUUUGGUUAUGUUCUACUUCAUGACCCAUUUAGCUGGAGGAACAUUUUAGGGAUUCUGAUUGCAUUAGUAGGGAUGGUCCUGUAUUCAUACUACUGCACCCGUGAGGGUCAGCAAAAAACUUCAGAAGCAUCAGCACAAUCUUCUUUGCAGGCAAAGGAAGGUGAAGCUGAUCCUCUAAUCAAUAUAGAGAAUGAAACUGGGAUAUUAACCGAUGCUGCUGUCCCAAAGGCCCCAGUAUGGAGCUCAAACAAAGAUUUGCAUGCAUGAAGGCAUCUUUAUUACAGUUCAUACAUCCAAGAGCUGCGGAUGGAACCAUUGCAAUAAGGUGUUGGCAAUGGAGGUUCCCCAAGGUUGUCAAUGGCUUGCACACCCAAAUUACAGAGUAAUGGCAAUUUCUCAUACCGAUCAAGGCAUUUAUCUGCGUUGAGAAACAUACCCUUCUUUUUUCUUGUGUUGGUUCUAGCAGUAGGCACCUGAGCUCCCUAGACUUUUGUGAGGAAUGCAUGUAAGUGGUGUUUUUGUUUCUGGGUAGAGAAAAUGUGGGCUUCAUUUGAAACUUUUGAUAGGUUUUAGGCUUUGUUUGAAUCUUGGGGAAUGUAAGAAAAAGGAAGCUCAAAAGGGAAAAUAAAUAAAUAAAUAAAUUAUAUUCGCUUA